GCGUUGUGGGCUCGCAGAGAUGGCGGCGCUCAGCGCGGGCCGGGCGGCGGCGGCGGGGCUCCUGCGUGCCCAGAGCCUCGGGGCAUGGCGGGCGCUGGGCACCUCGGCCACCCUCCUGCAGCAAGCCCAGGCCAAGUCCCACAGGGCUGAGGGGACAUUCCAGGUGACAAUGCUGCCGGGGGACGGCGUGGGCCCGGAGCUCAUGCACGCUGUCAAGGAGGUCUUCAAGGCUGGCAAUGUCCCCGUGAUCUUUGACGAGCACCACCUGAGCGAGGUGCAGAACACGGCGUCCGAGGAGAAGCUGGACCGGGUGGUGGACUCCAUGAAGGAGAGCAAGGUGGCCCUCAUUGGGAAGAUCCACACACCCAUGGAGUACAAGGGAGACCUGGCAUCCUAUGACAUGAGGCUCAGGAGGAAGCUGGACCUGUUUGCCAACGUGGUGCACGUGAAGAGCCUCUCGGGCUACCAGACCCGGCACAACAACCUGGACCUGGUGAUCAUCCGGGAGCAGACGGAGGGCGAGUACAGCUCCCUGGAGCACGAGAGUGCCAAGGGCGUCAUCGAGUGCCUCAAGAUCAUCACCAGGGCCAAGUCCCAGCGCAUCGCCAAGUUCGCCUUCGACUACGCCACCAAGAAGGGCCGGGCCAAGGUCACGGCUGUGCACAAGGCCAACAUCAUGAAGCUGGGGGAUGGGCUGUUCCUGCAGUGCUGCAAGGAGGUGGCCGAGCUGUACCCCAAGAUCAAAUUCGACACCAUGAUCAUCGACAACUGCUGCAUGCAGCUGGUGCAGAAUCCCUACCAGUUUGACGUCCUGGUGAUGCCCAACCUGUACGGGAACAUCGUGGACAACCUGGCGGCGGGGCUGGUGGGCGGCGCCGGCGUCGUGCCCGGCGAGAGCUACAGCGCCGAGUACGCCGUGUUCGAGAUGGGAGCCCGGCACCCCUUCGCCCAGGCCGUGGGCAGGAACAUCGCCAACCCCACGGCCAUGCUGCUCUCGGCCUCCAACAUGCUGCGGCACCUCAACCUGGAAUACCACUCCAACAUGAUCUCGGACGCCGUGAAGAAGGUGAUCAAAGGUGGAAAAGUCAGGACCCGGGACCUGGGCGGUUACUCCACCACUUCCGACUUCGUCAAGUCCGUCAUUGACAACCUGCACCCCAACUAUGGGGCUUAGGCCCCCCUGCACCCCAGCUAUGGGGCUUAGGCCCCCCUGCACCCCAGCUAUGGGGCUUAGCCCCCCUGCACCCCAGCUAUGGGGCUCAGGCCCCCCAGCAGCUCCCCCAGCGCCUCAGCCCCUCCCCAAACCCCUCCCAGCCCCCCCAGGGAGGAGGGAACCCCAGGAACCCCUCCCCAUCCCCACAGGAGGCGCCCAGUGCGGAGUUUGGGGUUCCCUGGGUGGUUUUGGGGGGAUGGGGCAGCGCCCCCAAAUCAUAGGCAGCUCCUAGGGACAUUGGGACCACCCGCCAUGGCUCUGGGACCCCCCAUUCCCAUGGGAUCCCCAUUACUGGAUUAUUAUCCCUGUGGGACCAGUGGGAUUCUCGGAUCCCUGUGGGAACAGGACGUUGGACUGUGGGACCCCAUUCCCAUGGGAUCCCUGACUAUGGGACCCCCUCCUAUUCCUGUGGGAUCAUUCUGACUGUUGGACCAGUGGGAUUUGUGGGAUCCCUGUGAGAAUGGGACCUUGGGACUGUGGGACCCCAUUCCCAUGGGAUCAUUCUGACUGUUGGACCAGUGGGAUUUGUGGGAUCCCUGUGGGAACAGGACCUUGGGACUGUGGGACCCCAUUCCCAUGGGAUCCCUGACUACAGGACCCCCUCCAAUUCCUGUGGGAUCAUUCUGACUGUUGGACCAGUGGGAUUUGUGGGAUCCCCGUGGGAACAGGACCUUGGACUGUGGGACCCCAUUCUCCCAGGGGAUCCCUGUGGCUGUGGGACCAGUGUGGCUGUGGGAUCUGUAUUCCCACGGGACCCCAGUGACCCCAUUCCCGUGGGGCCCAUCCCGUGCAGCUUCCAGCAAUAAACAGACAGGGUGGCAUCCCCCACCCUGUGCCCCCUUGGCAGCUGCUGGCACAGGGUCCCCGUGCCAUGGGGUGACCCUGGCACACUCCAGCCGGGGCACGGGGUGGGGAGGUGACCCCGUGCCCCCCAGCCCAUGGGGAUUGGGGAACUGGGAGCCGAUCCCAUAACGCUGUGCCCUGGGGCCAGGCCUGGUGCCCCCCGGGCUGUGCCAUCGUGUUGUGCUCUGUACUCUGCUUUGCUAAUAAAGGGUCCAAGCUUC